AUGCCGUAUCACAGUGAUUUACACCAUGACAAAAACCUCCUCACUCUCACUUCUGCUUUUUGAGUCUCUGACAUAUCUACUAACACUCUCUCAUGCAUCUUCCUAACACAAGAUUAAAAAAUAACCACCUUCUAUUUUCUCACUGUCCUUUUGAUUGACUAACAAACUCACAUUUUUCUCUUUAUUUCAAUUUAUCACUCAUCCACAUUGUGACUUUCUGCUGAUUUAAUUCUCAUAUUUGAGGCUUUAGGUUUCUGAUCAGCUCAUAAAACAGAAUCAACUCUGUACAGUCAGUUUAAUGAAACAGUUUUACAUUGAGAUUAUUUCAGACUCUUCAGUCAAAAGUUUGUUAGAAAUAAAUGAACAAACAGAAGAAGUUUGAAAAGUUCAGCUGAAACAAUAAAGAGUUAAACUUAGAGGACUAACAGCUUUUUGUCUUCUUGACUGUGACCUUUGACCUCUCCUUAAAAAAACAAAACAAAGCUCACCUAUGAAAUUUUUGACAAUCAGUUGAGUUGUUUUCCAUCCAGACAUUGAUUCUUUAUACUUUCACAACUUAAAUAAUAGAAUAAAUUGGCAGAAGAAUGAUCCUCAUAUUUUUAAACAAUGUCAUUUAUUAGUUCAACCCUUUUUUCAUCAUGAAGAGAAGGGUCACAAAUUCAACUCCUCCUCCUCCUCCUCCUCCUCCUCCUCCUCCUCUUCUUCCUCCUCCUCAGGGUCUUUAUAAGCUUCAGUCUCUCUCCUCCUCCUCACACUCCAACCCUGCUCACCUCUCAGCUGGACAGUAAGGGACGUUUACAGCACACACUGACAACAUGCUGGGGAGCCUCUGCACUCUCAUCACUGCUCUAACAUGUAAGGAGGCUGACUUCCUGCAGCUUUCAGCUCAUGUUGGAUUCAUCAGUCUGUGUGUUUCUCUUGACUCCAUGUCAUCUUGUUGUUUCCAGGUGUGAGUGCUGUUACCGUGGUGACACAGAAGCCUCCUAUUGUCGCAGUGAGGAGAGGAGAGACAGUCAACAUGGACUGUAACCUGGGGACUGUGACGAAUAUUGCUGCCCACUGGUACAAACAGAUUCCUGGAGGAGUUCUUCAGUAUGUUGUUGGGAUGUAUCAUGGUUGGAGUACUCCACAUUAUGGCUCUGGUUUCUCCUCUCCUAAAUUCACCUCCACUUAUCAGUCAAAAUCAGAUUAUCGUUUGAUCAUCAGCUCUGUGGAGGAGGGAGACUCUGCAGUUUAUUACUGUAACACAGGAGACCCCUCUGUCAGUGCACGAGUAUCACAGUGAUUUACACCAUGACAAAAACCUCCUCACUCUCACUUCUGCCUUUUCACAUGUUGAUGCAUCUUGAUCUGAGAGAAUCCGUCAUUGUUAUCUGCAACCUUGUAUUUUCUCUCAUUUUUUAAUAUUGAAACUUUAAAAUCCUUUUUCUCCUGAUUCUUAAAUCCACUUUCACAUCUGACUGGUAUUGUCUGAAUUCAAUGAGGACAAUAAAACCUAAAAACAAACUAAUUAUUUACUUGUGAGGUCAACAACAUAAGCUCAAGCCUUUAGUCCAUCACACUGCUAAAAAAAAUCAAGGUUGACUUUAGAUUCAGACUUUGGAUUGACAUUGAACUAAUGAUGAUGAUAAAUUUUUUUUUAUAUAUAUAUUUUCCUCACAAGGAUUUAAACAAGUUGGCCAACAAAUGAGAAGACUCUGCCAAAGUCCAAAAGAUUUCUAUCAGCUGUAACUGACUUCAAAAUGUAGAAACAUGAUCAUGUUAGCAAAAACAAAGGCCUGUAGGGGGCGCUCAGUGAAACAUUUUCAUUAUUAAUGAGAGAGAAAGACCAGGAGCUGAAUUCACUGACACAGAGAUUCAGACGAGCUGGAGGAUGAAGUCGUCUGGUCUGUGGUGAUGGAGUCUUCAUGGAUUUUGACAACAGAGAGCAACAAUGUCCAGACAGGCUGUGACCCUGUGGAUGAUGAAGACAUGGUGGGAUGGGAGAGGAGUGAGAGGGAUGUGGGGUCUAAGUUUGUGUCUAUGCACAGAGAAGUGAGAGGAUGUUGGGCCAAUCCACAGAUAUCAAACCCGGCACUAAAACCACCUCACUGCUGCCUUCACUCUUCAGACUGACCUCUGAUGGAUUUGUGGGUCGUGUUGGUGCUGACUCACUAACAUCAGUGUUUCCACAGAGAGUCUGAAAGUCUUGACUUUUCCAUCUGUCCUUUUCUACAUGAAAGAAACUUCAAGUCCAGGUGUAGGUGGGACUCACUGCAGGCUAUAAGUGUCUAGAAACUGAUUCUACCCUUGUCAGAAAAUAUCUUUUGAUGAAAAAUGUAAACAGCUAAAUUUAAGUCCUUAAAUGAGCAUGUAAACCUGUGAGGUAAGUAAUCUUUGUAAGCUAAUAGGCUGUAUCAAGUGUCAAUCAUAGAAAACAUGAACCCCCAAAUAACUUUUAAAAACUGAGCUGAACAAAAAAAAUUAAAAUUAAAAUUCUGUGGAAUAAAUUUCUUAAGUUUAUCCACAGCUCCAUAGAAAUGGCUGGAGGAGGCGGGAUUUAUGACCUAUACAGCAGCCUGUCACCAGAGGGAGCUGUUUUCAGCGUGGCUUCUCCCAGUGAGGAGGUAGACGCUGUCAAUUCUAUAUACAGACUAUGGUGGAAAUUCCUCCUCCUCCUCCUCCUCCUCCUCCUCCUCAGGGUCUUUAUAAGCUUCAGUCUCUCUCCUCCUCCUCACACUCCAACCCUGCUCACCUCUCAGCUGGACAGUAAGGGACGUUUACAGCACACACUGACAACAUGCUGGGGAGCCUCUGCACUCUCAUCACUGCUCUAACAUGUAAGGAGGCUGACUUCCUGCAGCUUUCAGCUCAUGUUGGAUUCAUCAGUCUGUGUGUUUCUCUUGACUCCAUGUCAUCUUGUUGUUUCCAGGUGUGAGUGCUGUUACCGUGGUGACACAGAAGCCUCCUAUUGUAGCUGUUAGGAGAGGAGAGACAGCCAACAUGGACUGUAACCUGGGGACUGUGACUGGUACUGGUGCUCGCUGGUACAAACAGAUUCCUGGAGGAGUUCCUCAGUUUAUUCUGUAUAACUAUCACGGCCGGAGCUCUCCACUUUAUGGCUCUGGUUUCUCCUCUCCUAAAUUCACCUCCACUCAUCAGUCAAAAUCAGAUUAUCGUUUGAUCAUCAGCUCUUUGGAGGACGGAGACUCUGCAGUUUAUUACUGUAACACAUGGGACAGCGGUAAGGCUGUAUCACAGUGAUUUACACCAUGACAAAAACCUCCUCACUCUCACUUCUGCUUUUUGGGUCUCUGACAUAUCUACUAACACUCACUCUAGCUUCCUAACACAGGAUUAAAAAAUAACCACCUUCUAUUUUCUCACUGUCCUUUUGAUUGACUAACAAACUCACAUUUUUCUCUUUAUUUCAAUUUAUCACUCAUCCACAUUGUGACUUUCUGCUGAUUUAAUUCUCAUAUUUGAGGCUUUAAGUUUCUGAUCAGCUCAUAAAACAGAAUCAACUCUGUACAGUCAGUUUAAUGAAACAGUUUUACAUUGAGAUUGUUUCAGACUCUUCAGUCAAAAGUUUGUUAGAAAUAAAUGAACAAACAGAAGAAGUUUGAAAAGUUCAGCUGAAACAAUAAAGAGUUAAACUUAGAGGACUAACAGCUUUUUGUCUUCUUGACUGUGACCUUUGACCUCUCCUUAAAAAACAAAACAAAGCUCACCUAUGAAAUUUUUGACAUCAGUUGAGUUGUUUUCCAUCCAGACAUUGAGUCUUAAGACUUUCACAUCAUUAAUAAUCGAAAAAAAACUGUCAGUAUAAUGAUGCCUAUUUUUUUUUUACAAUGUCAUUUAUUUGAUCAACCCUUUUUUCAUCAUUAAGAAAGGGGCCACAAAUCUAACUCCACCUCCUCCUCCUCCUCCAUCUCCAUCUCCUCCUCCUCUUCCUCCUCCUCCUCUUUAUAAGCUUCAGUCUCUCUCCUCCUCCUCACACUCCAACCCUGCUCACCUCUCAGCUGGACAGUAAGGGACGUUUACAGCACACACUGACAACAUGCUGGGGAGCCUCUGCACUCUCAUCACUGCUCUAACAUGUAAGAGAUUCUUCUCAGUCCUUUACCACACCAUCAUUUCACACACACACACCUUUGACUCUUGUCUUUUUCUCUUUUUUUUUUUACAGAUGUUGAUGCAGUGAUUGUUCUGACCCAGACUCCUGCUGUCCUCACAGUUUCUCCAGGACAAGAGGCUGUUCUCAGAUGUAACAUUCAGAGAUAUGAUAAUGUGUAUGUCUACUGGUACAAACAGGUUCCUGGUGAAGCUCCUCAGUAUGUUCUGUACUUUUACCAUGGAAGCAGUUCACUCAGCUUUGGAUCAGGAUUCUCUUCAGACAGAUUCAACUCUAAAUCCACAUCAAACAUAGAUUAUCAGUUCAUCAUAAAGAGAGUAGAGGCAGGAGACUCGGCUGUUUAUUACUGUCAGACAUGGGAUAACUCUACUCAAGAGGACGUAUCACAGUGAUUUACACCAUGACAAAAACCUCCUCACUGAACACUUCCGCUUUUUUAGAGUCUCACACAUUUACUAUUGCUUCCUACAACCACAUUUACUCUGCAGCAUCACAAUACACCCGACUCAAUAAUGUUUAAUAAUCCCACUUUAAUCACACUUUUAACCUGGAGUAAGUGCAAUUUAAACAGAUAUGUCACAAGUUUUUAUCAAAAUGGGAGUGUACAAGUAUUGUAUUAUGCAAAAGUUUUUAUAACCAUAAUUAUUUCAACAAUUCAAAACUGACAAACCCCAUCCUCAAAAACUCCUCCAGAAUAAUCUGGAAGGUUUUGUCUGAUCCAAAUAUAUGCAGAGAGUUUUACAUGACUAAAUCCUACAGUGACAACAGAUGAGCGCACCGACCUGACUGUAACAUCACAUGCUGAUACUAACACAAUGCAGAGACAAACUCCACACUGACAAAGAUCAUCUUUACACCUCCUUUUUUUUCUAAGCAGUUUAACACAAAAUGAUCGAUCUCACAGCUGAGUAUAAAGAUUUUAUCCACAUUGAUGCCAUGAUUGGUUCAGCUAAUCCACCCGGAUUUUGAUCAGUCCUUUUUCUGAGUUUUCUGGACUGUUUGUGAGGAAUAAUGUCGCUUCAACUGUUUUUCUGUUUCUACAAAACAAACUUUAUUCUAAGUUUCAUUACCUUCGCUGCUCUGCGUAGGACCUUUACAGGUCAGCUGAUCACAAGUACAGCCUCUAGUUGGUUGACAGUCCAAAACAAAGAUAGCAGCCUCCGUUUCAGCAGUCAGCUAACAGCUCUCAUGUAGAUUAUGUCAUUUAAAGUAGUAUAAUCACAUAUGACUGUCAUUUUAGAGUGAUUGGAUCUGAGUCAAGAACGACUUUGGCAUUAGUCCGAGGUUAACGUCAUGGAGUGAGGGACAUAAAAGUGAGUAACAUCAUGAACCGAAGCAGAAAACUGAUCAUGAAAAUGUUUCACUAAAGCCAAGUGAGAGAAGAACACAGACUAAGGCCCGGACUACACGUAUAUAGAUAUUUAUUUAUCAGGAUAUUUUUGUACUCCCGUCUAAAUAAAUGUAUCUGUCCACACGUGUUCAUUCUCAAAAACAUCUGCGUCCACAGGUAGCCUUCAAACUCAACCCUAUCUGGUGCCGCUUAAAAGAAAUUCAGGAACAAAGCUACCUGAUUGGCCGAUGAAUCGUAACAGCGUGAUGCGUCAUGCAUUGUUUGCGGAAGCUACGCCAGUGCGUCGGGUCCAUGUGACGGUGUGGCGGCUAUAACGCCUCUGCGAGCUGACUGACUGGUGACUGUAACUGUAUAAAACAAGGUUCACUUGCAAGGCUGAAGUUAACGCCACCAGGGCAAAACAAACGUAAAGAAGACCCUGUAUGUCCACCAUCUUUGUUGUUGUUUUUCUUUUUAAUUAGCAUGCGCUAGCUGCGGUUUGACGUCAUCGAUCCGUAAGAGUUCAACCACACGAAUCCACUUAUACGUAUAUUUUUUUAUUUCUCCACUUGUUUUUUCGGAUUCAGAUUUAUCCGGUUUGAGUGUUCCAAACUCCCGUUUUGGUGUGGUAGGGAGGCCUAAUCGGACAUAAAUGUGUGCGGUUUGAAAUACAUCCGCAUUCAUGUAGUUUGGGCCUUAGAUCAGGUGUGUCGUACACUAGUAGAGCUGAGUUAUGAAAACUACUGAGACUAGAUGAAUCAGGUCUUGUAAGAGCAUUCUCAGACCAGAUCUAAAAGGAGAAACUGUGUCAGCAGAUCACAAAGAGCUGUUAUACAGUUAUGUAAAUUGUGACAAAAACAGAGAAAGAGAAUCUGUAAAAUUUGUGUCAGUAUUGUGCAAACAGGAGGGAAACAAAAUUUUAUUUAGGUGGAACUGGCCAAUACUACUGAGAGAAAAAAAAAUGCUUUUAUUAAAAAACACAUGAUGUUUUGAAAGUCACAUUACUUCUUGUAAAUAUGCUCUACAGGUGAAAGAAACUAUUGAACUGUUGUUGGGAUUAGACUUAAAGUUAAGAAAAAUGACCUGUUCUGGAAAUGAGCAUGAAAAAAACCACAUGAUGGAUCAGAGUGGUAUAACAAUACAGCUGAGUGCCUGAACUCCUCCUCCUCCUCUCCUCAGGGUCUUUAUAAGCUUCAGUCUCUCUCCUCCUCCUCACACUCCAACCCUGCUCACCUCUCAGCUGGACAGUAAGGGACGUUUACAGCACACACUGACAACAUGCUGGGGAGCCUCUGCACUCUCAUCACUGCUCUAACAUGUAAGGAGGCUGACUUCCUGCAGCUUUCAGCUCAUGUUGGAUUCAUCAGUCUGUGUGUUUCUCUUGACUCCAUGUCAUCUUGUUGUUUCCAGGUGUGAGUGCUGUUACCGUGGUGACACAGAAGCCUCCUGUUGUGACUGUGAGGAGAGGAGAGACAGCCAACAUGGACUGUAACCUGGGGACUGUGACAGACAGAAGAGUUAACUGGUACAAACAGAUUCCUGGAGAAGUUCCUCAGUAUAUUCUGUAUAACUAUCACACUCUGAGCUCUCCAGUUUAUGCCUCUGGUUUCUCCUCUCCUAAAUUCACCUCCACUCAUCAGUCACAGACAGAUUAUCGUUUGAUCAUCAGCUCUGUGGAGGAGGGAGACUCUGCAGCUUAUUACUGUAACACAUAUGACACCUCUGCUAAUAAGUACGCAUCACAGUGAUUUACACCAUGACAAAAACCUCCUCACUCCCACUUCCGCUUUUUUUUGUUAUUUUUUCAGUUAAUUUCACUUCUUUUCUUCCUUGGUGGUAAAGUUUAGAUCCACUAGACCAUCAGGACUACAUCUGAUAGGACCAACUUCUCAUAGAGGUCAUGUGUGCAGGAUCUUAAAGGGACAUUUUUAACACAACAACAUACCAACCAGUGGAGCAGGACAGAGAGAAACAGUGACCCACUGAUGAUGAAUAUGAGAUGAAGAAAAUCAUUCCUGCUGAUUUGGAAAAAUAUACAUGACAACAUAAAACAUUAAAACACUGAAACUUUAAAACUUUUUUAUUUUCUUGAACCUGCAGAAAAAUCUCCUGAAAGUGACAGAGAUCUACAGACGACGAGGAAGCAAGAAGCAUUUACAGUUUAUGAUUUCAGUGAACUCGACUUAUUAUCAGCAGAGAGAAGUCUGAUUGACCUUCAAAGUAUGAACACAGUGAAGAGCAUGUUGAAAAAAUAAAGGCAGAAAAAAACAAUUUAGUGUAUAAAGAAGAAAAGAAGUGUAAAUAAAGUUCAUUUGAGGAAGAAUAUGACAGGUAAACAGGACUAUUGUUGAGAGAGAAUACCUUAGUUAAAUCUGUGAAAGAAACAAAAAAAUUAUGACGUGAAAUAAAAACUGGAAAAGAGUAAAAAGAGAGUAGAGUGAAUAAUGUUUCAACAAUAAUGAUAAAAUGAAUUUAAGAAUGAAUUCAGAGCUGAGAGUCAAAUCUUCCUCAUCCUCCUCCUCUUCCUCCUCCUCAGGGUCUUUAUAAGCUUCAGUCUCUCUCCUCCUCCUCACACUCCAACCCUGCUCACCUCUCAGCUGGACAGUAAGGGACGUUUACAGCACACACUGACAACAUGCUGGGGAGCCUCUGCACUCUCAUCACUGCUCUAACAUGUAAGGAGGCUGACUUCCUGCAGCUUUCAGCUCAUGUUGGAUUCAUCAGUCUGUGUGUUUCUCUUGACUCCAUGUCAUCUUGUUGUUUCCAGGUGUGAGUGCUGUUACCGUGGUGACACAGCAGCCUCCUGUUGUGACUGUGAGGAGAGGAGAGACAGCCAACAUGGACUGUAACCUGGGGACUGUAACAAAUCAACCAGCUUACUGGUACAAACAGAUUCCUGGAGGAGUUCCUCAGUUUAUUUUGUAUUACCAUCACAGCUACAGCUCUCCAAGAUAUGGCUCUGGUUUCUCCUCUCCUAAAUUCACCUCCACUCAUCAGUCACAGACAGAUUAUCGUUUGACCAUCAGCUCUAUGGAGGAGGGAGACUCUGCAGUUUAUUACUGUAAAACAUGGGACCACUCUGGCACUAAGCUUGUAUCACAGUGAUUUACACCAUGACAAAAACCUCCUCACUCUCACUUCUGCUUUUUGAGUCUCUGACAUAUCUACAAACGCUCUCUUAUCUUCCUGACACAGGACUAAAAAAUAACCACCUUCUAUUUUCUCACUGUCCUUUUGAUUGACUAACAAACUCACGUAUUUCUCUUUAUUUCAAUUUAUCACUCAUCCACAUUGUGACUUUCUGCUGAUUUAAUUCUCAUAUUUGAGGCUUUAAGUUUCUGAUCAGCUCAUAAAACAGAAUCAUCUCUGUACAGUCAGUUUAAUGAAACAGUAUUACAUUAAGAUUGUUUCAGACUCUUCAGUCAAAAGUUUGUUAGAAAUAAAAGAACAAACAGAAGAAGUUUGAAAAGUUCAGCUGAAACAAUAAAGAGUUAAACUUAGAGGACUAACAGCUUUUUGUCUUCUUGACUGUGACCUUUGACCUCUCCUUAAAAAAACAAAACAAAACAAAACAAAACAAAACAAAACAAAACAAAGCUCAUCUAUGAAAUUUUUGACAAUCAGUUGAGUUGUUUUCCAUCCAGACAUUGAUUCUUUAUACUUUCACAACUUAAAUAAUAGAAUAAAUUGGCAGUAGAAUGAUCCUCAUAUUUUUAAACAAUGUCAUUUAUUAGUUCAACCCUUUUUUCAUCAUGAAGAGAGGGGUCACAAAUUCAACUCCUCCUCCUCCUCCUCCUCCUCUUCCUCCUCCUCAGGGUCUUUAUAAGCUUCAGUCUCUCUCCUCCUCCUCACACUCCAACCCUGCUCACCUCUCAGCUGGACAGUAAGGGACGUUUACAGCACACACUGACAACAUGCUGGGGAGCCUCUGCACUCUCAUCACUGCUCUAACAUGUAAGAGAUUCUUCUCAGUCCUUUACCACACCAUCAUUUCACACACACACACCUUUGACUCUUGUCUUUUCCUCUGUGUUUUUUUUACAGAUGUUGAUGCAGUGAUCGUUCUGACCCAGACUCCUGCUGUCCUCACAGUUUCUCCAGGACAAGAGGCUGUUCUCAGAUGUAACAUUCAGAGAUAUGAUAGAAAUAGUGUCAAAUGGUACAAACAGGUUCCUGGUGAAGCUCCUCAGUAUGUUCUGUACUUUUACCAUGGAGACAGUUCACCGAGCUACAGAUCAGGAUUCUCUUCAGACAGAUUCAACUCUAAAUCCACAUCAAACAUAGAUUAUCAGUUCAUCAUAAAGAGAGUAGAGGCAGGAGACACUGCUGUUUAUCACUGUCAGACACAGGAUGACUCUGCUUCUGCAGCUGUAUCACAGUGAUUUACACCAUGACAAAAACCUCCUCACUGACACUUCUGCUUUUUUGACCCUCAGAUUCAUCUUCCAGGGCCCUCUGUAACGUACCUUAUCAGACUUCAGACUAACUGCUUACUUUAUUCUUAUACUUUUGAUUUUCUUUGAUGGGGAAUAAUAAUCUAAAAAACUCACACAUUUCUCUAGUUAUUGAUCAAAGUUGUUAUUUUGCCUGAAAUCUUGUUUUAUUCAUGUGAGGUAACUGAACACACAACUGGUCAAGACCAAAAAUUGAUAAAUAAAGACAAUCACUGAGAUAAGGUUUUUGUUUCAUAUGACAUUGUGAAAACUAAGAGGACCUUCAGAGUAAAACAAACAUACUUUGUUGUUUUUAACUCUGCUCCUGUUGGAGGCCCCGGUCCUUGUGCAGGCUCCAAGGCUGGACUCGGUCUCUGUACCUGCUCCCCAGCCUGUUCCUGCUUCUGGUUUGGAGUGUCUCCCCCUGAACUACUUACCUGCAGAGGUCACAUGCCCUCCUCCCAGGCCCCCUCCACCCACCCUGCUUUGGUUCUGAGAUUUCUAGAAUAUCUUGAAUCUUUCAGAGAGGGGUUAUGUCAUGAUAGGCUCUUGUUAGUUUCGUUUAUCCUGGUUUUAUAUUUAGUUUAAUUUCUGAGUCUGUUUCCUCGUGUUUCUGUUUCCCUGUGUUCAUUAUUCUUCUGUUCUUGUUCUAUCUCACUGUUUUAUUUUGUCGUAGUCAAUCUCUGGGUAUCAAGUCUAGUUUUACUUCCUUAGUUUUCCCUCCUUUGUUGAUUCCUCAAGAGUCUCACCUGUGUCUUGUCGUCCAUGUUGUCUCAGCCUCAUGAACCCUAAUUCAUGUCCUCGUGUUUUCCCUGUGUCUUUUUGUUUAUUUGCUUGUUUCUGGUGUUUUUGGUUUAUUGCAUUUGGAUUUUUCAGUUCAAAGUAAGUUUUUGUUGUUUCAGUCUUUUGUUUGAUUAAAAACUUUAAAGUUCAGGGUCUAAAGUGAGGUUAAAGUCCAUCUUUGUUUUGAUAAAGUGAUCAGAGUGAUGGUGAAAGAUUGAGACGUUGAGAGUGAAAGUCGGUCUCAACAGGAUGUUUCAGUUCCCCUCCCCUCAUUAUUGAGAGUCAGGAGGUUUUUGUACGGCCAUGUAUACAAACUGAAUCACUGUGGUAUUCGGACAAGGAACCAAGCUGAUCGUCUCGGGUAAGUUCUUUAAAAAUCAUUGUUCAACCUUCUUAUUGUCUGUUUCUGAUUCCUGUUUGAUGAAACUCUUGAUUUGACUUGUUCAAAACCUUCAGUGGUAUUUUAGGACACAUUUCUCUGCUUUAAAAUCCAGUUUAGAAACAGUCCUGAGCUUUGCUGUAAUCAUCAAAACAAGAUGAAUAUUCUGUAUCUGACUGAAAUCGAUCUAAAAUCAUCUAUACGUAUGUUUCUGUUUAUUUUGAAUCACUGAACUUGUUCAAUCAAAUUCAGAUGGAUUAGUUUAGAUCUUCUUCAAAAGCUGACGUGAUUUCAUACAAAGAUAAAAAAUCCAAAUGAAGAGAAAAUCUUUGAUAUUUACUGAAAAAGGACAAAAUAUUUAAUGGUUGAUUUUAUUUUUCUGACAUUUAAUCAAAAUUGAUCAAGUUUUGAUGAAUCAUUUCAAUUUGAAUGGUGCGGUCUUUGUCCUAAACCAGUCAUUGAAAUAAUUCUGUAUUUUAUAAUGUGAUAAAACUCAAAGACUGUGAUUCUUAUGGAUGAACAAAGUCUGUCUGAGUGUUGAUGUCUGGAUAUUAUCUUUGCUGCUGGAAAAAAAAAGUGUUUUAAAAUCCUGUUGGUGAAAAAUAAGUGAGUUUUUCACUUUGAUGAUCUCCAACUUCAGAUCCUAUUUUGUUCGACACUGAGGGAGACUUUAGGAAACUGUUUCAACAUGAACCUCCAAGUGACAGAUCAAGUCCUCUUGUUAUGAUCUUGAGUACGGGGCUUGUGUUUUUAUCAGCGUGUUGUUAUCAUGUCAAAUGACCAAUAACUGAACAUUGAUGAUUUGUGUGUGUUUGUGUGUUUCAGGCUCCAGCCUCUCUCCUCCCGUCCUCACAGUCUUCCCUCCGUCCCGUGCUGAGCUCCAGUCCAACAAAGCCUCUCUGCUCUGUCUGUCCAGUCAGUCUGUGCCUUUUGCAGAUGUGAGCUGGUUGGCUGCUGGGAGUCCAGUGAGCAGUGGGGUCUCCACCAGCACGGCUGUUCGGCAAGCGGACCAGACUUUCCACAUCAGCAGCUCUCUGUCCAUCACCCCCUCUGAGUGGACCACGGGCAAAGUCUUCACGUGUAAAGUGUCUCUGGGCUCUCAGACUUCACAGAAAGAGAUCAGCAAGUCCAGCUGUCCCUCUGCAGAAGAGUAG